UGACAAUUUUGGCAGUUAAAAAAAAUGACAUGCUUUUUUUAUUAAGCGUGAAGCAGCAUUUAAAACAACAAAACGUCUUAGAUAGAUUUACACACAGCCCUACACAUUAAAGGGCGUUUUUUCACAAGCAGAUUUGAUCGGUUUGUUUAUGUCUUUCUUGGGAGCGCAGCAGGGUGAGCAGGGGGUGGUCCUGAUCCUCUACAGUUAAACACUUGUCCUGUAGGUGUAGCCCGUCUGGAGAGGCGCUCUGCGGGCAACUUCUCGCGGAGUUUGUUUGCAGCACGGAGCUCCACAGGCCGGAAACCAGACCGCGGGGACGAGCGAGCAGAGCCCUGGUCGGACCGAACCGGACCGAUGAGAGUAUUCGCGUGAACCCAAACGCGUCACCUCCGCCGACAUGUUCACGCGCGGCUCGAAGAAGCGACGCUCCGGCCGCUCGAUAGAUGCUGAGGAUCCGGACCGGGGUCAGCCGUGUAUGCGCUGUGGAGAACAGUGUCCUGGCUUCCGCAUGCAUGGAUGGAGGAAGAUCUGUGUGCACUGUAAGUGUGUGCGGGAGGAGCAUGUGGUGCGCUCUGUGCCCGGACAGCUGGAGAGGAUGAUGAUGAAGCUGGUGUCCGACUUCCAGAGGCACUCCAUCUCCGACGACGACUCGGGCUGCGCCUCGGAGGAAUACGCCUGGGUGCCGCCCGGGAUCAAACCCGAGCAGGUGUAUCAGUAUUACAGCUGUAUCCCAGAGGACAAAGUCCCGUACGUCAACAGUCCAGGAGAACGCUUUCGAAUUAAACAGCUCCUGCACCAGCUUCCGGCUCACGACAGCGAGCCUCAGUACUGUAACUCUCUGGAUGAAGAAGAGAAGAAAGAACUGAGGUUAUUCAGUCAGCAGAGGAAGAGGGAGAAUCUGGGCCGUGGGAUCGUCCGACUCUUCCCCGUCACCAUGACCGGAGCCAUCUGUCAGCAGUGUGGCAGGCAGAUCUGCGGCGGGGACAUCGCUGUGUUUGCGUCCCGAGCGGGUCACGGCUCCUGCUGGCAUCCUCAGUGCUUCCAGUGCGCUUCCUGCAGCGAGCUGCUGGUGGACCUCAUCUACUUCUAUCAGGACGGACACAUCUACUGCGGCCGGCACCACGCCGAGCGAAUCAAGCCCCGCUGCCAGGCCUGCGACGAGAUCAUCUUUGCGGACGAGUGUACGGAGGCGGAGGGCCGUCACUGGCACAUGAAGCACUUCUGCUGUUUCGAGUGUGAGACGGCGCUGGGCGGCCAGCGGUACAUCAUGAGAGAGAGCCGGCCGUACUGCUGCCACUGCUACGAGUCUCUGUACGCUGAAUACUGUGACACCUGUGGAGAACAUAUCGGUAUAGACCAGGGUCAGAUGACGUACGAGGGCCAGCACUGGCACGCGUCCGAGGCCUGUUUCUGCUGCGCCUGCUGCCGGCUCCCUCUGCUGGGCAGACCCUUCCUGCCCCGCGGCGGACUCAUCUUCUGCUCCCGCUCCUGCUCGCUCGGGGAGGACCCGGACAACUCGGACUCCUGCGACUCUGCCCUGCAGAGCAAACCGGUGUCACACAAGACCGUUCAAAACCAGCAGCGCACUUCCACACCACGGCCACAGGAGGGAGCCAGCGCCGGGCGCUUCACCCUCCACGGCAAAGGUGUUCACACGCUCCAUCCUAUACCGAACGGCCAGCCUCCAGCGUAUGAACACACACAACGCACUCAGCCCUGUCCAGCAGCCAAUGACAGGGCAGCAUUCGUUCGCAAGGACCAAUCGGGCAUCAGCACGCCGCAAACGAACCAACAGCCGGACAGUCUGGAGUUCACCGUGGAGCUGAACGGAUACGCAGAAUUCGGCCCUUUCCCGCCGAGCUGCACGUCUCGAGGGACUUCCACCGCAAAGGAUUGUGGGAACGACAGCUGUGCAGGAAUUUCGUCUCAGCCGGAGCCUUCCGAUGCGCUCGAUGAACUGAAUGACUCCGACUCCUUCCCGCCGCCUCCGCCCCCGGUUUUCUUCGACCCGUCUGAUUCGCCGGCUCCCGUCGCCGAAGCAGAGGACGCCCCUGCAGCACCGGUCCGGAGCGGCACCGCCAGGGUCAGCUUCAGGGAGCCAAUCAGCUGCAGCUAUUCAGUGGAAGAGGAAGAGUGGGAGGAAGAGGAGCGGCUGGAGACACAGAGAAGAGAGGAAGAGGAUGAGGAGCAGGAGGAAGACGGAGAGGAAGUUGAGGGAAGUCUCGGACACAAGUUGCGCUUCUGCACUGAAGUGCCAUCUCAAAUGGACCUGCUGGAUGGGUCUUACCACCGUAGUCUCCGCCACCGUCCCACGGAGAAGCGGCUCAGACGUUCCCGAGGGCCACGGAGCGACAGGCCUCGCCUGGAAACCCUGGAGUACAGGACGGGAGAGCGCAGGAGGUCCAGCAGCGUCCUGGACGCCAGCCUUACCCUGCACUCCACCCGCCACCGGCACGAAGACUCCUGCUCCACCUGCUCCUCCUCCUCAGACUCCGAGGAGGAAGGCUUCUUUCUGGGCCAGCGCAUUCCUCUGCCGCCUCAGCUGACCGGUGGAGAGAGAACGGCGGAGGGACAGGCAGAGGACGAGGACAAGAGCCGGAGAGGAAGCUUCAGGAGGAGGAGGACACAGAGUCUCAGCAGUAAAGACAAGAACUGCAUACUGUCCUGAGAUCAAGACUCUCUGAACCUGCUGCUCAGACGAGAUCAAAGUGGAUCAGUGACAUUUUGUAUGAUUAAAAAUAGAGACUCUCAUACAUUCUAUGCAUCUGUGUAACAGUAUUUUUAUAGAGGUGAUGAUAUUAUGUGAUUUCAGUAUCAGGGUGCUUUGUCAAAUUUACUGGCGUUAUUAUUCGGGAGCUGAGGAACAGUAAUUAUCCAGUUUAGUUCGUUACGGGAAAAGUAGACACUUUCUCAAAAUAUAAGAGAUACUCACAUGAUGGAAAGUCAUAUGCGUGUUAAAAAGUCUAAAUUGAAAAGAAAAAAACUGAAUUAGGAGGAGGAUAAAAAGGUCAUUGUGCGAUAUAAACGUGUUUAUAUUUUUAUUUCUCGCUAUUAUAGGUUUAUAUCCUGCGAUUCUGACUUUAUCCGAUGCACCAGAGAAAAAAGGGCUGAAUUGUGCCCCAAAAGUAGGUUUUUUUUAAUUAAGUGGUGGAAAUGGCUUUCAUAGUUUAGAACAAUAAGUCUUAUCAAAAGCAUAAAAUCACAGCUUCACUAAUAGUUUGUGGCUCUUACAGGUAAUCAAUCGCUCAGCACAAAAAAAGGACUUUCCAUUAGCUUUACAUUCUGUUGAAAAUUACUUGGAAAUCAAAACAUCCACGUUUUCUAUCAGCCGUUCGGGUUUUUGUAUUUAUUAGGUAAGAAAUCCGCUUCUUCCUUUGCUGUUCACGUUUGCUUAGUUUAGCUUCAUCUAACAGCGGCGACUUUGAACAUGUGACGACAAAGCGUGAGCGUUAUUGGUUGGCCAGGUUUGUUCACAGCAUUGAGGAUAACAGCUGAUCUUUUAUGUUAAUGAUAUUAAUUAGGAGUCGUUUACAAAGCAGAUAGCCGAAACCAUUCAGUCGCGCGCUAGCUCACGAUCAUUUGGGAUUCACGGAUUUCACAUCCGAAAGAGACGCAUGGUCAUUUCAUGAAUUACAAUUACACAUGAGAAAUAACUGUAAGGUCUGUGAGAACAUUUUAUAAAUGAUGCUCUAGAUCACCGAAACCAAUAUAGAGAUUAGAACGCCGAAACAGAGAUGGUUGCAGAUUCGUGACAUUAACCCUGGAAUCAGAAUCAAAGUAACUACACUCUUUUAGAAAUAAAGGCACAAAAGCUGUCACAGGGGCGGUACCUUUUCUAAAGGUACAUGUUCGGACCUAAAGUUUUGGUAACUAAAAGGUACAUAUUAGUACGUAAAGUGAACACCUAAUAGAUACAAAAAAGUAACUUUUGAAAAGGUACAGCUUUUUUUGUGCCUUUAUUUCUGAGAGUGUACUUUUUUGUCAUAAUGACAACAGUGUUUUUGUGUUAAAAUAUAUUUUGGCCAUUAAAUAUUGAAAUGAGGUGUUUAAAAAAAAAAAAAAAAAAAUUCACAGAUGUGCAAUUACAUGAGAAGUGUGGUCAAAUCAAGCACAUUGCAUUGAGGGACGGAUUACCCAGUGUUUGCCCUACUUAAACACGGCAUGUUUUAUCAAAUGUAGACAUGUAGUAUGAAGAGUGUGAAUAGCAUACAAAGCCUGUAUAGUCUUCAUACUAUUAACCUGUGUGUCAUUUAUUCAGCAAAACCAGUUAAAAGUCAGAAACGAGCCGUUGUAUUGAGUGUUGGGGAAAGUUACCGUAAUACAAUACUUUCCAUAAAAAGUAAAAACACUGUUAGUUGCAGAAAUGUUACAUUUGCAUCGCUUUUUCUCAUCCGGCCUGGGCUUGCUUGUUUGUUUUUAAUACAACAGAGCUCUGUUUUUAGCAAAUGUGAAAGCCCUUUCGCGCCAAAAAGUGAAGUGAAUAAUCCCCAGGCCCCAGUUUAUAUUCUGUCUAUUCGUUUUGAAGAACACCCAAUCUGUCUUUGCGCGCAUGACAUCACAUUUACUUUUUUUUUUUUUACCCCCAACACUGGUUAUACUAUAUUUCUAAAAUGUGUAGUCCCUUAAGUCUCACACCUGUUAAAGCAGUAGUACGAGUUAAAGUGCUAAACCUAUAACAAACUACUUAAAUGAAUAGUUGUUGCUUGUUUGACUGGUUUUAAGAGAGCUGUUUAAUUUGCACUUGUUUAAGGUUUAACUAUCUGUGAAACUUAUUGAAAUGCAAAGACAAUGUCAUUGUGCUUGAGCGUGCACUAGAAACAUAUACUACAGGCCGUAUCGGAACAGAAUGUGGGAAAAAUAAUAGCCUUUAUCUCCUCAUCAGCUGUAUUAUAUGUAAAUAUUGACAUUUCAAACCUCUCUGUGUGUGAAUGAGAGUUUAAAUAAAAGACACACGACUUUCACUUUGUGUUUUGCAAAAAAAAAAAAAGAGAGAAGGACUAUGUUAGAAAUGUAUUUUUAUAAACAACACGGUGAUGGUUUUAUAUUCUUGUCAAAAUGCUUUCUGGCUUAAUAUAAAUUUUAGAAACUUUAAAAAGUUAUCUUUUUGAAUGAGAAAAAUAAACCACUUGAUCCUAA